GCCAACACAUCGCGUGGCGACAGGCUUAGAGUUGGGCACCGUUGAGACUUUAAUUUUGUGGUCGACGUUCCGAGCACCGAGGCUGAAUCAUGCGUGAAAUUGUGCAUAUUCAAGCCGGGCAAUGCGGCAAUCAAAUCGGUUCCAAGUUCUGGGAGGUGAUCAGUGAGGAGCAUGGGAUCGACCCCACAGGCGAUUAUGCGGGAGACUCGGCCACACAGCUUGAGAGGAUCAACGUCUACUACAACGAAGCGUCUGGAGGGAAAUACGUGCCGCGUGCGAUUAUGGUGGAUCUGGAGCCCGGCACAAUGGACGCUGUGAGAUCCGGACCUCAGGGACAGAUGUUCCGGCCAGACAACUUCGUGUUCGGGCACACGGGUGCGGGCAACAACUGGGCCAAGGGCCACUACACGGAGGGAGCGGAGUUGGUGGACUCAGUGCUGGACGUGGUGCGCAAAGAGGCGGAGAGCUGCGACUGCCUGCAGGGCUUCCAGCUGACGCACUCGCUGGGCGGCGGCACCGGCUCGGGCAUGGGCACCCUGCUCAUCAGCAAGAUCCGUGAGGAGUACCCCGACCGCAUCAUGAACACCUUCAGUGUGGUGCCCUCCCCCAAGGUGUCUGACACGGUGGUGGAACCGUACAACGCGACGUUGUCGGUGCACCAGCUGGUGGAGAACACAGACGAGACGUACUGCAUCGACAACGAGGCGCUCUACGACAUCUGCUUCCGCACCCUCAAGCUCACGACACCCACGUACGGCGACCUCAACCACCUGGUGUCGGCCACCAUGAGCGGCGUCACCACCUGCCUGCGCUUCCCGGGCCAGCUCAACGCCGACCUGCGCAAGCUCGCCGUCAACAUGGUGCCCUUCCCGCGCCUGCACUUCUUCAUGCCGGGCUUCGCGCCGCUCACCAGCCGCGGCUCGCAGCAGUACCGCGCGCUCACCGUGCCCGAGCUCACCCAGCAGAUGUUCGACGCCAAGAACAUGAUGGCGGCGUGCGACCCGCGGCACGGCCGCUACCUGACGGUGGCCGCCAUCUUCCGCGGCCGCAUGUCCAUGAAGGAGGUGGACGAGCAGAUGCUGAACGUGCAGAACAAGAACAGCAGCUACUUCGUCGAGUGGAUCCCCAACAAUGUGAAGACGGCCGUGUGCGACAUCCCACCCCGGGGCCUCAAGAUGUCAGCCACCUUCAUUGGCAACAGCACGGCCAUCCAGGAGCUGUUCAAGCGAAUCUCCGAGCAGUUCACGGCCAUGUUCCGCCGCAAGGCCUUCCUGCACUGGUACACGGGCGAGGGCAUGGACGAGAUGGAGUUCACCGAGGCGGAGAGCAACAUGAACGACCUCGUCUCAGAGUACCAGCAAUACCAGGACGCCACGGCUGAGGAGGAGGGAGAGUUCGAGGAGGAGGGCGAGGAGGAGGCCGCCUGAGAGGCCAGCGCUCAACGCAACCCACAUGGCUGCCAGCACUCGCGGCUGGCAUACGUACGCAACGGCUGGCAUACUUACACACGGCUGGCAUACGUACGCAUGGCUGGCAUACGUACGCACACGUAUGUGUGUUUAACAUCUUUCGCACUGUAAGUAGCCAACCACUCUUAAUUCGAGAUGCGUGGGAGGACAAAAAUCUAAACACAAAAAGCUAUUUUAAAGAAAUGAGUUUAACAUGUUGGCUUUCGAGACCAAUAUCCAUAAUAUAGCUUUUCUAGGGUUAGAUCGCGUAAAAAUGUGUAGUUAAACGCGCCACCGCAGAAAUGAGUUUGAAAUCUACACACCUGCAGUGGCCUCCGGUUGCCGAAAGAAUACAUUAUAAGGUCGCACUCAUUGCACAAAAAGUGCUUGCCACAGAUGAACCACAAUAGCUUGCCGACCUCGUCAAGGAGUAUAAACUAUCGCGCAAACUCCGGUUACCCUCACAGGGGCUUUUGGCUAACCAUGGAACAAAGAUGGCCACCGCAUCGUGUGCUUUCAAAAGUGCUUCAACGGCCAUCUGGAACACUCUUCUUUCCGGUAUUAGGAAGCCACUGGAGCUAUGCACUUUCAAAUCAUCACCUAGAUUGUAAUCUCAUUUUUUUAGAACCACUUUUUGUCUUUAGUUUGUUGUCCUUCCCUAGCAACCUCUGAUUAUCACGGUUGGCUACAUACGGUGCAUACACCCACAUACCGUACCAUGCAGUAAGCCACUAUAAGAUCUGUCGUCCAGAUGAUAACCCAAUUGUUUUUUUAUGCCCCACAUAUAUACAUAGACACGCAUAUUCUCUGCCACACUCAUGAUUAGCAUGAAGACACUUGUUUUCCCAGGAAAGACCUUGCUGUGUCUCAAGACUCCUUUUCCAGAGGGCCCUGCCAAGUUGUCAUAAUAGUAGGGUACACCCCCCCCCCCCCCCCCCCCAGUUCAAUAUACGCGCACACGCCUCGCACAUUCACCCACCCAGGCUCGCUCAACUUGCCUCACUCGCUCUGUAAACUCAAUAGUCUGCUUGCUCACAAGCGCUCGUUGCCCCGGUACUCUGUCGCAGCUCGGCAUGGGCUUGACUGUGGGGGGCCUCGUGAUUUCUCCCCCCCCCCCCCGAAAGUGACUUUUGGAAGAAGAGAAAAAUCAAUUAAACUUUUGCAUAAUUUCACCAAAUUUUAUUUGGUUUGUGUGAGGAUGUGGAGUGUGUGGGGAUCUUGUCAUGAUUUAUGUAU